AUGGCUGCCAUUUUUUCCACAUUUUUCAAAGUUGGUGACUAUUUGCGUCGAUCAGCGGACCCAAUAUACUCUGAGAUGAUCUAUCAAGAGCAUUACACCAUCGUUAACCUACCAAUUGUCGACACGUGCGUUAACUUUUUCCUUCCCUGCAACAAGAACAAGAACCGAUGUGCGGACUAUCCAUGUUGGGACACUUCUAGGGUGGUCCUUAAAUCCAACAACAGCUUGGAUUACAUCAACGCCAAUUAUGUCUCUGGAUUUGACAUGAGUGCCAAAUUUAUAGCAACGCAAGAGCCAAUGCCCGGAACUUUCAAUGAUUUUUGGAAAAUGAUCUGGCAGGAGAACUCUCGGGUAAUUGUGAUGUUAAACGGCACCAAGCAACAAUCAGAACCAAGGAACCUCCAGUAUUUCGCGGCCACUCAAGAUAACACACUGAUUAAGGAGUUUAUCAUCAAGGAAGAACGCGUUAAGCUUAAUUCCUACUACACCAAAACAACAUUGAAGGUAACUCACUUAGAAACUGGAGAAGUAAGGGUCAUCCACCAUUUUAAGUACUUAAACUGGCCAGAAAAUGAAGCUCCGGACAUUAAAGAGGUCAUUGACUUCUUGUUAGCCGUCAAUAGAAAGGACCAAGCUUAUUUCAGAAAAGUGUUGAAGACUAACCAAGUUCUGCCGGGGCCAAUUGUCGUUCAUGGGGAGAAAGGUGUUGGAAGAACUGCUGCCUAUUGUGUUGCAGACAUAUGCUUGUACCAGAUAGCACACACUGCGAGUAUAUCAGUGCCUUCAACGGUGGUAAAAGUGAGACAGCAGAGGAGAUUUAGUAUGCAAACUGCUAAUCACUAUAUUUUUGUUAAUAAUCUUGUGCUUUAUUUUUUGGUUACUUUGAGGUCGAAUAUUGAAACCUACCUGGAAUUACGCUCACAUAUUAAUAAAAGUGACGUGGAUUUGUUGUUCAGAUCUUGA